ACAGCAAGUUUCCUGAAGUAUUAUAUUGUUCCCCAGUUGGUGUUCACUCCUUGCAUCUAUGAUGACGCUGUCUAUGUUGACACCCUACUUGGAUCAGGGUAUAGACUCUCGUUAAAUCAGGUUGCUGAGCAGGUGUGGGUCAAUCAUGUAAAAGUGAUCCGCUCAGAUAUCUUGACUGAUGGAGGUGUCAUUCAUGAGUUAGAAUCAGCUGUACACCCGACUCUCAACGAGUGUGGUUCCAUUAUGAACAUUACAGAUCUAGGACCAUGUGGAGACUGCAUGACUGGUGACCUUGAAUGCAAUGCUGGAUUUGAAUCCCUUGGCUCGGAACAUGUCAUCAAAUAUAGAUGCCACUUUCACAAACAUGCAGACGCUGACUGGGAUACUGCAGGAUGUCAACAAAUAUGCGUCCAACACCAGUUUCCCUCAGAAUGCUGUAGUGGUUUCUAUGGUUACCAUUGUGAUGAGUGUCCAGGAGGCGCAGAAAUCCCGUGUUCAGGAAACGGUGUCUGCAGUGAAGGAAAAAGUGGUUCUGGGAGAUGCAAAUGUAACCCUGGAUUUGCUGGAACCAUCUGUGACAGAUGUGAAAGUGCAGAUCUAGUGCCACCAUUUUGUAACAUCACUUACAACAGCUGUGGAUACAUGAAAGGCAACUGUAGUGAGCAUGCCUGGUGUAGUGAGACCAGCAGUGGUGUUACCUGUCAGUGUUUCUCUGGUUAUGUUGGAGAUGGACACACAUGCACAUCCUUGUGUGAUGGCACUGAAACUACGGCAUGUCACCAAUGGGCCAGGUGUACUCUAAAUGUAUCAUCGAAUCAAACAUUCCAGUGUGAGUGUAACCCUGGCUUCCAUGGCAACGGGACAUGGUGUCAACAAAACAGUGACCCUUGCACCUCACAGAAUGGUGGCUGUGACUUGGAGAGGGCCGUCUGUAAUUUUACACAGCCACAGGUCACAGACAUGGAUGAAGGAGACCCAGUCUGUAAAUGUAAAACUGGCUAUGUCGGGGAUGGAAAACUGUGCAGUACGGAUAUACUGGAUGCUAUUUGCAGGACACCAGAAUUACGCUCAUUUUUUAAAGUGUUCAACAUGUCAAAUAACUCUUCAAUUAGAACGUUUAACAUUUUAACCAU